GACUAGCCCCCCCGCGGGCUAGCUUGCCGUCCUUGGCUGCCGUGUGGAGAUGGCCCGCUGAGGUUUGCACGUCAGCGUCUUUCCUCCUGGGGCAGCGGGACUCAUCUCCUCACGGUCUUCGCUCCUGACAAGGUCGCCCCCCUUCCUGUGGGGCCACCAGGAUCGCACCACCUCCCUCCCGGGCAGCAGCCCGUGCUUCCCUCGCACCCGUUACAUCUGCUCACAAAUCCUACUUCUUAAACGUCUGCUAGUUCCUUCUCAACGGCUGCACCUUCUCUCACACCUUUCCAGACUCCUAGCACCGCCCUGCUCCGAACGCUGCUCGGGAGCGCCACAAGCCGACAGAAGCGGAGGCCGGUCCCCGGGGACGGCGCUCACCCGGUUUCUGCCUCGCCUGCCAUUGCCAGCGUCGCCGCGCUGCCGGACACCCUUUCCCUAACAGGAUGACUCAGUGGUACCAGCUACAGCAACUUGAUUCCAAGUUUCUGGAGCAAGUUCACCAGCUAUACGAUGACAGCUUUCCUAUGGAAAUCAGGCAGUACCUGGCACAGUGGCUGGAGAAUCAGGAUUGGGAACAUGCAGCCAACAACGUAUCUUUUGCUACGGUGUUAUUCCAUGACCUGCUGUCACAGCUGGAUGAUCAAUUCAGUAGAUUCUUGAUAGAAAACAACUUUUUACUGCAACACAACAUAAGGAAGAGCAAACGUAAUCUUCAGGAUAACUUCCAAGAAGACCCGAUACACAUGGCAAUGAUCAUCUACAGCUGUCUGAAAGAAGAGAGGAAAAUACUGAACAGUGCCCAGUUGUCAAAUCAGAUGGAAGUGGGGAGCAUACAGAACACUGUGAUUGGGAUGCUGGACAAACAGAAGGAGCUUGAUGCAAAAGUUAAGGCUGUAAAAAACAGUGUUAUAGAUGUGGAGCAAGACAUCAAGACAUUAGAGGAUAUGCAAGAUGAAUAUGACUUUAAAUGUAAAACCUUGCAGAACAGAGAGCUUGAGUCCAAUGGUGUGUCGCAGGAGGAAUUCAAGAAAGAACAGAUGAAUCUCAAGAAGAUGUUUUUAUCACUUGACCUAAAGAGAAAGGAAGUGGUGAACAAGAUAGUACAGCUGCUGAACACCACAGAGCACACACAGAGUGCUCUUAUUAAUGAGGAACUGGUGGAGUGGAAACACAGGCAACAGACUGCAUGCAUUGGUGGCCCACCCAACGCCUGUCUUGACCAGCUACAGAACUGGUUCACCAUUGUUGCCGAAAGUCUACAGCAAGUUCGUCAGCAGCUCAAAAAGCUUGAGGAACUGGAACAGAAGUUUACCUAUGACCCUGAUCCCAUCACAAAAAAUAAACAAGUUCUGCAGGACCGAACAUACAGUCUUUUCAAACAACUCAUCCAGAGCUCCUUUGUGGUAGAGAGGCAGCCUUGCAUGCCAACACAUCCUCAGAGGCCAUUAGUCCUGAAGACAGGAGUACAGUUUACUGUAAAGCUGAGAUUGCUGGUGAAAUUGCAGGAGUUGAACUACAACUUGAAAGUGAAAGUUUUAUUUGAUAAAGAUGUAAGUGAGAAGAACUCCGUCAAAGGGUUCAGGAAAUUUAAUAUUUUGGGAACAAACACAAAAGUAAUGAACAUGGAAGAAUCUACUAAUGGAAGUCUAGCAGCAGAAUUCAGGCACUUGCAACUGAAAGAACAGAAAAAUGCAGGAAGCAGAACAAAUGAGGGUCCUCUCAUUGUAACUGAAGAGCUUCACUCUCUGAGUUUUGAGACGCAGCUGUGCCAGCCUGGCUUGGUAAUAGACCUAGAGACCACCUCCCUUCCCAUUGUUGUGAUCUCAAACGUGAGCCAGCUUCCAAGUGGAUGGGCUUCUAUCUUAUGGUUCAACAUGCUGUCUACUGAUCCCAAGAAUUUGUCCUUCUUUCUGAAUCCACCUUAUGCAAAGUGGUCUAAACUUUCUGAAGUUCUGAGUUGGCAGUUUUCUUCUGUAACAAAGAGAGGACUUAAUGCAGAUCAGCUGAACAUGUUGGGGGAGAAGCUACUUGGACCAACAAGCGGAGGAUCUCACGAUGGCCUUAUUCCUUGGACAAGAUUCUGCAAGGAAAAUAUAAAUGAUAAAAAUUUCCCCUUUUGGCUGUGGAUUGAGGGAAUCCUGGAGCUUAUUAAGAAACACCUCCUGUGUCUCUGGAAUGAUGGCUGCAUCAUGGGUUUCAUCAGUAAAGAGAAAGAACGUGCUUUAUUGAAGGACCAGAGCCCAGGAACAUUUUUACUAAGAUUCAGUGAAAGCAGCAGAGAGGGAGCAAUCACAUUUACUUGGGUAGAAGGAUCUCAAAACGAGCCCCAGUUCCAUUCGGUGGAACCAUACACCAAGAAGGAGCUCUCUGCUGUUACUUUCCCUGAUAUCAUUCGCAACUACAAAGUGAUGGCAGCUGAAAACAUUCCAGAAAAUCCACUGAGAUUUCUGUACCCAGAUAUACCUAAAGACAAUGCCUUUGGCAAAUACUACUCCAGGCCUAAGGAGGCACCAGAGCCUAUGGAUUUGGAUGGUCCCAAGGGAAAUGGCUACAUCAAGACUGAGUUAAUCUCUGUAUCUGAAGUCCACCCUUCCAGGCUCCAGUCUCCAGAAAAUCUACUCCCCAUGUCUCCUGAAGAAUUUGAUGAGGUUUCUCGGAUGGUGGGCCCAGCAGAGAUUGACACUGUGAUGUGUUCAGCAUACUCAACUUAAAGGCUGAGCUUUUUACUGCAUCAUUAACACAGCUGAUCAGCUUAUGCAUCCUGCUCUGCAGUCAAUGACUUGGUGACACGCUUCACUUCAACUCUUUGGUUUCUCAACCUGAAGGUCCAGUAGCAAUUUUUAACUAAUGGGAAUAUAAACAGCAGUCUGAGUAGCCUCCUUAUGUGCACUUCUUUUGUUUAGAAAUUCUUUGUUGAAUUUCCAGUUAACGAGAUAACCGUACCAGAGAGGAGGAUAGGAAUGAGAGGUCUCAGUGACGAGAGAAACAUGCAUGUUUUUGUUUAAGGGAGUUAGUUAAUUUUAACAUUUAAAACAGUUGGCUGUACAUAGAAGGCUUCAAAGGAAAGCUAGUUCUUUUGCAGAGGCUCUAUUCAGAAAGCUUGCAUCUUUGGCGUAACUACUUCUGAAGAACUUCCAUAGUUUAGAUUUUUCAUCUGCAUCACAGAAAGGAGAAGAGAAACACUCUGCAGGUACAUGCCACACUGAAUCCACAUGCUGCUGAAGUUUGUCCUGGUUUUAUCUUUUCUAAGGGCAUAGCAUACUGAGAGAACCUAAGCCAAAAAUGUCACCUGCAUUUCAUUUUUGCUUGUUUCUUAAGGCAAGGUCUUGUGUAGGAUGUUUAGCACAAUCUUUCUCAUAACAAGCACUUCUUAGGACACCACCUUAAAGGUGCAUUGACACAUGCUGAGCUUGCAACUCAACCUGUACAAUCAAGACUAAAGCCUCCACAAACGGCAGUCAUGCUGUCUAGCAACAGUAUUGGACAAAACAAGAACCUACUCUUAAAGAGUGCAAAAGGGGUUGGAGUAUGUUUUUACUCACUGUGCUUAAUCUACCAAGGUGAGGAUCUGGUCACUCCUAUCUUUUACAGUAAUACAUGCCCCAUUUAGGUUGUAACAGGUGGACUGGAACUUAAUUUUCGCUUGUACUAUGAACCAGGGCUUUUAUUUAACUGUUGACUUGAAUAGCUAGAAGACCCUACAGGCUUUGAUAAUGAAGUGUUUUUGCAACUGGGGAUAAGGCACAGGGAAGCGAAGAAGUUACAUUUAUACUGAGUAAUGGCUGCAGGAUAUGCACUCUCUAGUAUUUAGGAUAAAGAUGUGCUUCCACCAGAGGAGGAACAGGUUUGCUUCUCAGCAUGUUUGAAGAUAAUUAACAACUCACAGUUAAGAGGCAAAGUUAUCUUAAGCAGCUGGUCUCUUCAACUAAGGGCAUGUAUUAGUCCAGACUGGUAAUCAGCAUGCAGCUGAGCAGAGGGACUGCAGAACACUGCCACGAUCCAAUAAAAGUGGGGAUCAUGUUGGGUAGAUCUCAGAAAGGGGAGGUUAAGUAGCUGAGGGCUGGUUCAUAACGACGUGAUAAUUUUCGGCCUGUAGCUCUUCUCACCCGUCUUACUUUCGCCCAAUUCAAUUUGCUGUAUUUGUCUCCAAAAUACCAAAUUCGGUCGAUCUACUCAAGCUUCAAAAAACAAAUCGAAUAGAGCCAGGAUAACUAAUACUCAAUAUCUGGUUAGUAAUGUCUGAAAACAUUCGACAGGUAUCUUACAGGGUCAUGGUUCAAUCUUAAUCAUUCCUAAGUUCGAGUAAGAGACGUUACUCUCAGUGGUUAUUUGUCUGAGUAUAAUCUUUAAUUGAUCUACCAAAAUAACAACACUUACAGCUACUAUUAUUGUGCAAAAUACUACAGUUAAAACAAUGGUAACUAUCAUAUUGAUAUCACAUGAAUAUAAUGAUGUCAUGACUCUAAUUAAUGCAAAGCAUCUUAUCCCUUAUAGCAGAUACGAGAUUAAAGGAUACAAUUAAAAAUAUGGUCAAAUGUCCUUGGCCGGGAAGCAUUCACAGCGCCAGUGAAUCACUUCACCAGCCCCCAGCCAGGGUACAGCCUUAUAAUAAGACAGCGUUACCGACGCACAGCCGCUCAGUGUACUCAAAAUCAACACCCUGUCAGCUACUUGCUCUGUUGCACUCUGCAUCCUGACAGCCCUACGGCAGUCUGUGCAGAUAGCUAAUAGUGACCCACCAAACAGCGUUCAAGCCCAACAAACACUCACGCUGGAUCCCAUGUGUUAGGUACAGGACCUGCGCAGCCAGCUCUAGGUGACCCUGUUCGAGCAGGGGUGUUGGACAAGAUGACCUCCAGAGGUCCCUGCCAACCUCAACCUGGCUGUGAGUGACCCAGUUGCUUCUGCAGCUUCUCAAGCCACUGCUAUCUGUUCCCAGUGCCUGGGAGGGCAGCAGUGGCCAGCAUGACUCACAGGGAUUGCAGAGCUGCUUCUCAUUGUUCAGAAAUGCUAGAUUGAUCAGCUGCUGCUUAGAAAAUAAAUGACUGGUUCAAUUUAGUGUGUUGUGCCUAGGAAGACUGAUGUGCCCCCUGCAAAAGCUCGAGAGAAAGAAAAUUUAAAGGCCCUACCUAGAGCAUGUAGCAUAUGUAUUUAAAUGGAAAGCAUUGCUAAACUGACUUAGUUUUGGUGCCCCGGGUUACUGAGGUUAACAGUGAUACAGAAUAUCACAACUGGUGACUUAAUACUUUUAUCUUAUUAUAACGAGCUGAAUGCGGAUCUGUAUUGUAAUGCAAAAAAUCCGGUAUUGGUUUCUUAAGCUACACCUUGUGCUUGUGUUCUAUAUGCAGCAGUUUGUUUUCAUUACUUUUAUACUUCAAUUUUAUCGACCGUGGUGAAACUUUCUUGUGAGAUUUAAAGCAACGGCCUUAUUCAUGUCUUUGUCUUUACACGGCCAAUAGUUCUAAAAGAAUGUUUUUUUUCCCCAAUGGAAUAUUCUUUUGCCAUUUUAAAUAAAUGGAACUGUCAGUUGA